AUGGGAAAGGACAGGAAGAGAAAGCUUAGCCCAGAUGACCCAACUGGGUAUUCCACGUCCCAUGCACUCGGUGUGGCCGAUAUCUUGACCCGUCUGCAGAGCGAUAACCCUAGCAGGGAAGGCUCGAAAGGCACCCAUGCGUCAAAAAAGCGCAAAAGAGUUGAUGGCGAGAAAGUCAAAUACCCAGAUCUCACAUAUGCCGAUGGAAAAUUAGUGUCACCCAUCCGAAUUGCCGAUCUUCAGGGGCUGCUCCUCUACUGCUUUGCCGACGGCAUUGCACCCCAAUGGAUUUCCAUGAAGCACUCCGGCCAUGUGCGCAAGGUGGUUGUGCUGAUGGUUCCUGGCUUAGAGAUGGGCAUGUUUGAUGGGACAAUAUCUGUGCAACGAGAAUCAUCCACCAGGGAGCAUGAUACACAGGAGCGCUUGACCACCGCGGAAGUGCCUGACGAACACGCUGCUGAUUACGAGCGAUGGAAACAAGGCCUCCCGUUGCCGGACCGCUCGCAUCGCUUCAAUCCUCGUUCAAUUACACGCCACAACCUCCCUGAACCACUUCAGCCCCUUGCUGACAUCUUUCCCCACAUCUGGCCUGUCAAGGCGCCCGGUGAUAACAAAUACAACAAGGUCCAUUCGCCACUACAGGCGAUUCUCAUGUCCUCGUCCCCAAAGACCAAAACCGAUGACUCCCGUGUGAAGGGUGCACGGCCCGCCAAAGUCGAGAAAGGCUUCGUUCCGAAACGAACACCAAUCACAGCCUAUGUCACCUCACGCGAGGAUCUACUCGAGAACGAUUUUCUCUUGCAUCCCGUUUUCUUCUCUUCCGACGAGGAAAGAUCUUCACAGUUGGAGGCUCGUCAGCGAGGCAGACAAUCGGUGGAAGAUGGAUGGGUGGAUACUCAUGUUCCAACUCUGGAGUCUGCUCAACCACCUGAUGCUGAAAUUGAAAGUGGCAGUGUCACUGCUGGUCGAGAUGUUUUUGCGCUUGACUGUGAGAUGUGUAUCACCGAGGGUGGUCAGUCCGAACUUACACGCAUCAGCUUGGUCGGUUGGGAUGGCGAGGUGGUACUUGAUGAACUGGUCAAACCAGCACGGCCGGUGAUCAACUAUCUCACACGCUAUUCUGGAAUUACCCCAGAGAUGCUGGAGCCCGUUACCACGACCCUUCAUAGUAUUCAGCAACGGCUCUUAACUCUUCUCACGCCGCGUGCGAUACUUGUGGGACACUCCCUUAAUUCCGACCUUACAGCACUCAAACUUGUUCACCCGUUCAUUGUCGAUACCAGCAUAAUUUAUCCACACCCGCGUGGUCCGCCACUCAAAUGUAGCCUGAAGUGGCUCACUCAGAAAUAUCAAAACAAGCAGAUACAGAACGGAAUGGCCGGACACGACUCCAUUGAGGAUGCCCGUGCUGUUCUUGAGCUUGUGAAGUUGAAGUGCGAGAAAGGCGAGCGAUGGGGCACAGGUGAUGUUUCAAAUGAGAGCAUAUUCCGCCGACUAUCGCGCUCCACUCGGCCUAGUCAUCUCCCUCGUCCCGGCGAGGAAAGAACAGGAGCCGUAGUUGACUGGGGCAAUCCAGAACGGGGCUUUGGUGCCCAGGCAACUGUCUCGAUUGGAUGUCGGGAUGAUGAUGCAGUUGUCAGCGGUGUCUCGGCGGUAAUCAACGGCGAUGAGUCCAAUCCCUCCAUUCCAGCAGGUGGUGUUGACUUUGCAUGGGCUCGCAUCCGUGAUCUCGAAUAUCUUCGUGGUUGGUGUAGCCGUCUCCCCGACCCCAACAACGCGAACGAAUCUACAGCCCUUUUCCCUCCCCCCGAAGAAACCACACCCACUACAUCCACUUGCAGUGGGGACUCGACAGAUCAACCGCAGCCUGACGUCUUGGCUGACACUGUAUCCCGGACAGUCUCCAACAUUUCACGCAUUUAUGACGCUCUCCCUCCUUGUACCCUCUUUAUAGUUUAUUCCGGAACAGGUGAUCCACGUGAAGUUAGCCGUUUGCAAUCCAUUCACAAGAAGCACCGCGAGGAGUUCCGAUCUGGCAAGCGUUGGGAUGAGCUGACAUACAAAUGGACUGACGUUGAGGAGCAGGCUCUCAAAAAAGCCUGUGAGCGUGCUCGUGAAGGUUGCGGCUUCAUGUGCAUCAAAUGA